AUGGCCCUGGUUCAGCCCAGUGAGGAGCUGCUGCCCCAGUUCGGAGGGCUUAGUCAGGGGCAGGCCGGCCCCUCUCCCUAUGGUCUGACAGAGAAGAACCCCCCAGAGGUGCAGGACAGUACGGGCCCCGGCCGCCGGCUGGGGAGCCACGGGGAUCCCGUCCUCGCCGGCCGCUCGGGUUUCCAGGAGCCCCGCCCCGUGCCGGCCGAGCCAACCCCGCCCCCCGCGCGCCCUCAAGUUUCUCCCAACUUUUCCGCGGGUCCUGCCGGGCGCCCCGCCCACCAGCUGGUGACGCAACAAUGGUGCAGCGUAGCGACCAAUGAGCGGCGACGGGGCCCAGCAGAGCGGGCCAAUGGCGGCGGCGGACGGUCCCGCGGUCCUGCCGGGCCGGGGCCGCACUGCGCCGCCCGCCGCCCGCUCGCCCGCCCGCCGCCGGCGCCGCCGCCCAGCUAUCGGGCCGCGGUGGCUCAGACCGCGGCUGCGGCGGGCGCGGGCGGCGGCGGCCCGCCCGUCCUGGGACCUUCGCCUGCGCGCCUACCCGCGGGGGAUCGGUGCGCGCUCCGGCCCUCCGCCGGGACCGGGACGUCAGGCCCCCGGCCCCGCCGCCCCCCCACGGUGCAGCCCUCACUGCGCUGGCCGCCGGUCGGCAAACACCCUGGCCUCGCCCCCCGCGACCCGCGGCCGCCGGGAGGGGACGGGGAGGAGCUGGCGGGCUGCCCCGGGCGCACUGCCCAGCCCUCGGUGGCCCAACCCCCCAUUCACGGAGCCGCGGCGGUGACUCGCUGCCCGGUGACGUGGUCAGUCGCCGGGCCCAUGCCGUGA